AGGGAAUUCCCAAAUGAUUUCCAUGUCGUAAUUGUAAUUCCUGUUCUAAUUCAUCUCGUGACCGCAUCCCUCAGUCCUGAUAGCGACAAGGAUGAGUUUGUGGGAAUAUUUCUUGCAUCCUCAGUCUUUGUUUUUGCUGUCAUGCAAGUGUGACCUAUUCAACUAGAAGGGACGAAUAAAAUAACAGAAGAAAGAGUCCAACCCUUUAAAAUUUGCUCGUUAAUAUGGAAACAGUAGUUCAGACACACGAAAGAGAGUGUGCCGUGUGCACUAAUGACUUAAACACACCAAAGAUUCUACCCUGUGGUCAUCUCCUGUGUCGACAAUGUGUCAUUUCCUGGAUGGACUCAGAAUCCGACCCCGUAUGUCCUCUGUGUACCUGUCCUAUAGUAGAGCAUGAAAAUAUCUCCUCUGAAAGUUCAGCAAAUGUUGUGGACGCCCUGCCUACGGAUUUUGUAAUGGAAGCGAUAGUAGAAAGUUCUCACGUGCUGGUGAAGGAUGGCAUGUGCACAAUAUGUGAUGACGUCACAGCUGAAUACAUCUGUAUGGAGUGUGUGGAAAGGAUGUGUCCAUCGUGUAUGAAGAUACACAAGAAGAUGGUAGCGACCCGCAGUCACGAUGUGGAGAGUGUCAGCACUGUGACACCUGAACGUCUGGCUGCCAGCCGCCCUGCACUGUGUGCUGACCACGGCGACAAACACGCGGAUUUCUUCUGUACUGAUCACAGCUUUAGUAUCUGCGCAUCAUGUAGUUCCAAGAAACACUGGAGAUGUUCCCUAGUGAAAGAUUUGGACGAAGAAAUCAAGUUCGCUGAAACUACACUGUCUAGUUUGACUGAAAUAUUGAAUGAAGAAGAGGAAAGCUUGAAACAGGCGUUGGAUGAGGUGAACGUGCGUUUGCUGAAAGCGGAUGUCACUGAACAAGAAAACAUGGCGCAUGUAGACAGGCUACACGAUCGUAUUCAGAAGCUGGUGGAGGAUUCUCGAAUAACGCUGAAAAAACUGAUACUUGAUUCUAGUUCGAAAGUCCAGAAUCCGUUGUUACACAUCAAGAUAGAACUCCACAAACGUUUCGAGAAAGUGACGUCACACAAGGACAUUGUGACGAGAGCUCGAGCAGUGGCGCCACGCCCCGUGCUGAUACACGUGACCCAGACUCUGACAGACAGGGUCAACAACCUCGAUGUCAACGCCGACAUACAAGCAGAGGUCUGGAAGAUUCCAUCGCUGGCACCUGUGAGAUUGUCUGACGAUGUAGUAAAACGAAUAGAAACUGAACUACAUCUUCUGGAACAACAACUGGCCGAGGAUGAGAAAGCCUUUCAAGAUGACUUGGUAAACCGGAUAAAGACUAAACAUCCCCGUCCGAAACAACAACGGACAAACCCAAAGGCACCUGUCCUUGUGUUCCACGAAAACUGCGGAGCAAACAUUCGUCUGAUGAACAAGAAGACGAUCGCAGAGAGAACAAACCCGCAGGAGAGCCUCGGGGGCGGUGUGGUCGUGUCACGUGAUGCUAUGGUGGUAAACUACUUGUAUGAAGUGAGAGUGGACGCUGUCGGUGAUGCUGAGUGCGGUAUGUUCGCCCUCGGUGUGACGAGUGUUCCUCCUGCACAACUCACUAUGACAAACUGGUCUGAGGAACUGGAGGACUCUGUCAUCAUCCGACACAAUAUGGUCAGCAGCUGUGGAAAGUCUUCAAAGGUUUAUUUUGGAAAAGCUUUUGAAAGCAUCAAAGUCGGCAGUCGAGUUGGAGUACUGGUGGACUUGUCUAACAACCUUCGCCUCUAUGUCGACGACAGCUACCAAGGAAUUGCAGCUCGAGAUGUCAGACAGCCUUGCUUCGCCGUCUUUGAUGUUUGCAACAAAGUCAUUCAGGUGACAGCUCUGCCAACAUCUAAAAGGUUGUCUGAGCCUUUAAUGUCACAGUUCUUUAAAUAUUUUCAACAUAAAGUCUCUUUUUUGGAUGCUGUGGAAGAUGAGUUCCACACGGACAUCCUGCAGACAGAAGAGACUGAGUAGUGUCCAGUCCAAUGACUAGCGGCGCACUGAACUGUGGGGCUUACUGAGGGAUGGAAAUGUGACAGGUAAUGAAAAGAAAUAGUCACUCGCCUACAACUUGUCGUCUGCCAGCGGAAGCCGUUGACUUUAAAGGUACCGUGACCAGGAAUCAGUGCUAAUCUCAGUCUCUCCUCCUUCAAAGCGAUGUAACUCUAAAGGACGCUGCUACUCUUUUUUUCCGGAAGUCACGUGACAGCCUUGCGAAUGAAAGACCUAGAAAACUGUAUUGAGGAUCAGGAGCGGGGCCGUAUACAUGAGUCAAACGUGUCUUGGACCAGAAAUAGUUUGGAACUCAGAAACACCCUCAAUAUUCAUGAACAAGUCAAGAGCCUGUCAUAGAAAAUAAAAGUUUUAAUGUGUACGCAAACUUCCGUGCCUACAAUUAACUCUCCUUCUUUGUUCGCUGCUUUACU